CUUCCGCCAAAAUGGCGACUUGGAGGUGGUUGUCGCUGAUGUUCAGGCAAUCUGCAGCAACUUUAAACGUCCUGAGGAGUGCUGUCAGUCGGCAACGGCUGAGUCCCGCGGUCCUGCUGGGUUUAGGAGCUGCUGGAGUCGGGGGCUUGGUGUUUCACGGCGGUGGCAGGUGGUGGAGCGGCAACAGCCUGAGCCGUAGGUACAGAGUCUACGCAGCCGAGCAGCAGGAUCAGGAUCUGCCUAAAGAGGAAACUAAAGAAGAUAGUGGAUAUGCUAGAAAUCGGAAGCAGCGUUUCAGAAUGUUGGCAUCAGUGGAGUAUGAAGGAGAAUUAUAUAUGACUCCUCGAGACUUUUUGUUCUCUGUGAUUAUGGAAAGCAGGGAUGAUACUGAAACGUACCUUACAGGUAGGAUGAAUAAAAAGAAAUUAACAAAGCAGGAUAUUGAUGUACUGAUGACGAGAGCUACAAAGCUGAAACAAACCCAUCAUCUUUUCAGGGACCUUGGUGAUGAAGGUCUAAUAUCAUACACAGAAUACUUAUUCUUGCUGGGUAUUCUAACAAAACCACACACUGGAUUCCAUAUUGCCUUUAGUAUGCUGGACACUGAUGACAACCAACGAGUUGAGAAAAAAGAAUUCCUAAUGCUGCAGAGCAUCAUUGGGCAAAAGAAAGAGCACAAGCCAGAAGCACAUUCUGUAUCAGAAAUUAACAAAGAAAUGAACACAACGUUGUUGGUGCACUUCUUUGGGAAAGAAGGAAACCUUAAGCUUCAGUAUAAAGACUUUUAUAGAUUUAUGGAAGAUUUGCAAAGAGAGGUACAAGAGAUUGAAUUCCGAGAGUUCUCUCGAGGCAUGAAAACCAUGAGAAGAGAGGACUUUGCAUCCUGGCUGCUCCACUUCACUGAAGAGCAAAAUCGCGGUACCUACUGGAAAAAUGUAACAAUGAAAAUUCCUCCAGGAGAGAGCAUUUCCUUCGAAGAAUUCAGGGCAUUUUAUAAUUUUAUGAAUCAUCUUGAGGAUUUUGCUUUCACCAUGAACAUGUUCACUUCAGCCAAUCGUCCUGUUGGAAUAGGACAAUUCAAGAGGGCUGUGAAAGUUGCAACAGGGCAAGAGCUGUCAGAUAACGUUCUUGAUACGGUCUUCAAGAUUUUUGAUGUAGAUGGAGAUGGAUGUUUGAGCAAACAAGAGUUCCUUGCAGUGAUUAUGACCAGGCUCCAUCGUGGCUUUAAGGCACCGACACAACAUGGAUUGAAGGGCUAUUUUAAAUGCGUGAAGAAAGAAACUAUUGCUGGAGUUCAUGAAGCCUGGAAGCAGUCUGGGAGAAGUCCCUGUUAAUUAACUACUGAACACAGGAACUUAAAAAAAAUCCACUACCUUACAUAGAUUUUCUCAACUAACAAGUUCUUCUGCCAGUGAAUUUAAAAAGUCCUGCAAUAUAUUUUGACAUGGCUAUUUGAAACUUGUAAAUGUCUUGUUUACAUAGUGUUUACAGAAAAAACGCUACACUGUCUUCAUGAAAAUGUGUUCUGGCAAGUCUUUUCUCACUUGUUUACAUACUUAAACCUUAAGAAAAAUAUGUUGUGCCAUUUAUAAUCAACAGUGAUGUGUUCUUUUAGCUGCUAUUUAUUUAAAUAGCAAAAGGGUUAAUGUAUUACAUUUUCAUGAAGACAAUCCAGUUUCAAUAAAAUUAGACUUGUUUAAAUAGCUGCAUUGAUUCUUUUUAGUAUGACUAAUAGUAAUUGUGUUUGUUUAAAAAUGCUCAAACAAAAUAGUUAACCAGUGCUACUUCAUUGCAAAGCACAAAAUAUCCAGGAAGUUCAGUGAAUGUUUCUUCAGUUUGUUUUACACAUACUUACUAUGAAUCUCAAAAAUUAUUUUCAAAAGUGUAUGCAUUUUUAAAAAUUUAUUAAUCUUAUGGAAGUUCUACAAGUAAUAGUUUGUGAAUGGUUCAUUUACUGUGGUGAUCUCAAUUAUUUUAAUACUUUUUGGGGGUGAAUAAAUUUAAUGAAUACAGUGAUUUAAUUGAAACUUUAAUGUGCGCUGUUUCUUUGUACUAAUAAAGUUUGGCUUUCAAAAUCAGUUUUGAUAUGCGUCAGAACAUGCAUGGCAAAUGAUUCAAAUA